UGUCUGAGUAGUGUAGCUGAUAUAAUUAACUCGCUUAUUCCAUGCAGAGGCAGAUGGAAAUGUGAGAAAAAAGUGCAAGUACCCCAUCAAUCUGUAGCGAUUUUCUUCCUGUGCUUUGGGAGAUGUGCUUUGUAUGUCCGUGGCAUCAAUGAAAACCCAAGGCAUCAGGUAGAACACGAGUAGAUUUUCUGCUGGAGCACUGGAUGUGUUUCAGAAGCCCAUAGGAAUGCUGGCUUUCCUAGUUGUUUUCCUAGAAGUUGUUAGGAGGCUGACUCAACUCUUUCUAGGAGUUUCGUGGUAACUUUGGGCAUUUCCCUGCUCUUAACUAGCCUUCUGGGAGGACUUAAAAAUAGAAUAAAACAAACCCAGCUCAUUGUGACUCCUGAUAAAUAUUUUCUCCUGAGAAAAUAUUCAUCUGAGAAUGAUGGGAGUAAAACUUGUUACAAACAUCAAAAACUCCUAGCUGGGCUCUUAUCACUCUGUUCCCUUGAACUAGCUAACUGAUGUCCCAAAACAUGCAGUUAGAUAUUCCUGGCAGAGAAAACAAACUUGUGAUAAUGAUUGCUUUUAUAUUUCUGUCUGCAAAAUUAAAUAAUUUACUCUUGAUGCCUAUGCCAGUAUAAAAGUUCCCCUGAAUCUCAGGGUCCAAAGUCUUGGAAAACUUAUUGCCAACUGCUUCCCAAGAUGUUUACCAGGAACCAUUAGUUCAGUGUUUGUGUGGCUAGCUGCAGUGAGUUCAAGAAUCCAGCCAUCUUUGUAGUUUAAGCUUAAACAGUCUUAUUUUCUCUAAUAGGAAGUAAUAUAUUGUCUCAUGUUUUAAUAGAAGAAAAAAGAACCCAAACAUUACAGCAUGCUUUAUAUCGAGUCUGUUAUGGGGUGUUUUGGUUUCCUUCUAAGUAAAAGCUAAAACUUUCUCCAGUUCAUUGGUCUACCAGAUUUUUAGAAAUUUUAUUUUUGUUGGUAUGGUUCUGAUUUCUACUUAAAACUCAGAUGCUUUUUUGCUCUUCCCCCUUCCUACUAAUCUUAAAAAAAAAAUAGUUGUAAAUUGGUAAAAUACUUUGAUUUGCAGGAAGCUGUCCCUCAAACACUGGCUCUUUAGAAGCCAACAAAUUGCUGACUUGGAUUGCUUCUGCAGGCUAAGGUGUUUUGGUAGAAGAAUAUUUUUAUAAGUUUCUAAAAUUUACACAAAUCAGCCUUUCCCAACUGUUUUAUUUGCCUCUUUUUGUUUGGUUUCAUUUGCUGCAGCCAUGAGUGACAUAUCAGUGGGUUGGAGAUGUGAGACUCCAAAUGUCACAGCAUUUGUGGUCUUGUAAUAAUUAACCUGUUAGUUUGAUGUUGAGCCCUUCUUCUUUGUGUUGAAGACUAACGGUUGUCAGAGGGAGAGGAGUACUCCCUGCCCCAUGAUUUAAAAGGCAUGGAUCAAGACAGCAAAAGGAAUAAAAGAGGGAGCAGAAAGCAAAGAAGGUGCAAUUCAAUUUUCUUAAUUCCUAGAGGAGUUCCAGCUUUGCGAAGCAUGGCUAUGAGAGCUUGUGAAAAACCUUAGAGCCUGCUGGUGACUUAAAAGGAAAGAAAAAAGAAAAGCAAGGAAAAAUGGUGAAAACACCCAUUAUGGUUUUUAGCAGUAGGCAAUGCUAAUAUUUGCCUUUUUAAAUUGUUAAUGGACACUAAUGAAAGGAGACUGGUUCUUCAGAGGAUAUUGGAAUUCAAAAUCUGCCAGGGGACAUUUUGAUAUACUACUGGUAAUCAGGACAUAGGAGACUCUGGUGGUGGUGUUGGUAUGGGUCAUUGCUCAUUUGGUAAAAGCAGCACUUGAAGCUUACAGACUGUUGUCCCUUCUAGGACCCAAGACCAGGGAGGAGCUCGUGUUCCUCCAGUGAAUGCUCCACAUUUGUCUGAAGAGACACACGAGAUUACUGAAGAAAUACCCAGUGUAACAUUAGCAGCCUGAAAGCUUAACCUUGGAUGCAAAAACCUGUUUUGUCUGCUAAGAUUCCUGCAUCACUCAUUUUGGUUUUGCCUGAAGAAAAAGAAAACAAGAGAAGAUGGACUGGAAUGUAAGGCCAGUCCAGAAUGCUGAUGCAAAUACAAACCUACAAAGUGAAGGAGCGUGUUUCAGUCAGUUACUUCCUAAUGGACAUGCUUUUCCUCAGACAAAUGCCAACUCCUCUAAAAAUGCAUGCACUUACGCUGAAAAUAACCAAAUUGUGUAUAUGCCAACUAUCAAUGUUGCCUUCCCUACUGUAAAUGGUGAAGGAUUCAAAACUUCAGAUCAAACCUCACCAGGAACAUCUGUAACUGGUAAUAAUUUUUUCACAUCGAAAUACUCAGUUAAACGACAUCAACAGAUGUACAUAACAGCACCAAAACCUCCCAGUCAGAAUUCACCUUUGCGGCCAGAGACGACUCUGACUUCUUGGCCAGUAUCUAAUCCCUGCAGUUAUCCCUGCAGAAAUUUACCCCCUCUGUCCUCUCAAAUGAACACAGGGAAUAGUGUAAGGAGCCUGCUUGGGGAGCCUCAGUAUGCCAAUACCAAUGCUUACAACAUGCAGCCAGAAAUGCUGCAGCAUAAUUCUCUGAGACUUGCAACACUACAUCAAGGUGGCAUUCAUCCCCAGAGUAGUUCUUUUCCUCUCGGUACUCCUGGACAACAUGUCCAGCCCCAAAUAUUUAAUUCCAGUAUUCAACAGGGUAAAGUUUCAUAUUCAAUGAAUCAAAAUACUGGAGCAAAUAUACAUCUGUCACAGUAUCAGCAGAGUCAGAUGACAUCAGAAGCUCCCAGAGGAUGUUCUGCACCAUCUUUGUUGCCUGCCAACUGUGUUUCAAGACCUGCAGCACCACCUUCAAUGGGUGCACCACAGGAAAUGCAAAAUGUACCUAAUGGAUACAACAUUAACCAGCAGAGGUGCCCACUGGAUCCAAAAAAUGCUCCUGGGUUUAAUAGUAUUCCACAACUCUGUCAGAAGCAGCCAUCUGGAGAAGUCAGUCAAUCAGUCAGGAAUGUCUAUAAUCCAAGUGGAAGUAUGACAACAAAUCGGUCUUUUAAUGAAAGCUCUGUGUCAUCGCCUGGCAUUCCCAAAGAACUGCUUGAUGUUGUGAAAGAAAUAGAAGCUCUUUCUUCAAAGCCACUGAAUGAUCCUGCUUCAGUUCCAGAGAGCCAGACUAAUAGUUUGAUGAAUGGGCCUGUUAAUGCUCAGGUUUCUUCAGCGGCAGCAACACAGGGAAUAGGAAUUACAAAGGAGAGGCUAGCUUGGGAAGCUGAAAAGCUGAACUGUCUUAAAAAAAGGGUUGUCCUGCUUGAAACGGUUCAUAAUUAUAAAAAAAAAAUCUAUAAUGCCAAAAAUACUCUUCUUCCUCCUACUAGUUAUCCAUGUUCUUCUGCUAAUUGUCUUCCAUGUGGGCCCAAACAAAAUGUACCACUUUCCCCAUCUGAACCAGUGGGGACAGAGAGGCCCACACUUGCGAUUUCACAUGAUGAAAGAAAGGACAAAAACCUAGCCAGUGUUGAUAACAGAAGAUUGGAGGUGACUCAAAGUGACCAUCAGGUGGAGCAGGGAAGCCUUUCAUCAAGCUUCACUCCUAUUCCCUCUCAGAGCAAAGUCCCAGCUCAAUUUAAUAAUCCUGACAGCACCUUGGAACAAAGGGAUGUGCAUGCCUUGGCCUCUUCUCAAGGAACUGUGACUUCCUCAAAUAGUGCUUCAUGUUUUACUCAAGCAGGGAACUCUGUCAAGACUGCAUCAAAGACUGUGCAAAUUGGCCCUGAGAACUCAUCAUUUCUUCAGUUUGUAUUGAGCAGCACAAAUGCGCUGAAAGAGAAGACAGCUGGUGCUACUGCUGAUAAAAUACUGACAAGUCUCCUGUGUAAUGAAAAACCACUGCUCGAUACAUCUGUCUCAGGUGAAAGCUUGCUAAAAGACACUAGUGAGAAGAACACAGAAAGUCUGAAAGGUGAGCAGGCAUCUGUGGCUCACACAAACUCUCCUGCAUCAGAAACAACUGCAUCUGGUGAUGCUAAAUUCCAGACCGAGGUAGCUCAGAAAAAAACGCCAUUUACUGAAAAUGCAUCCUGUAACCAGAGCAAUUGUAGCUACACUGUGGAAGAGGUGGCUGCAUGCCUGCGCUUGUGGGAGAAGUUUCCAUCAGAAUCUGUAAGUGUGCAAAAUAAACAGUCAAAUGAAAGCCCUACAGCAAAUCAGGUUACACCGUCCAACCAAAACACAAAGGCAGGGAAAAAAAAUGUUCUGUCUAGCGUGGACGAGACCAUUUUACCUGUAACAACUACCUCUGUGGGACAAAAACUUGAUACAUUGACUUCCAAUUUGAUAAAAAAUUUUGAACCUCAAGUUGCAGUUGUCUCUCCUUUAGUGCUUUGUGAACAAAGAACACUAAGUGAGCAGGCAGGCAAGAUCCCAACACCUGAAGGUAAAACCUAUCCGGUGAUCGAUUUGGAAAGCACAUGUAGCUUGCAAGAAGAGGGGAAAAAUGGUUUAAAUGUGGCAAAUACUGCCAAAGGAACAAUAGAAAAUGCUAGGUCAUCACCCAGCGAUUGUGUUCUGGAACAAAAAGUGGACUCAGAUUUACAACAGAUCAAAUUAGGUGAUGAAAACCAAAGGAAAGUUAGUCCAUCUGCACAAGAUGAAAGAAAAAAUCUGCAGCCUGGAUUACAAAAGAAGGCUAGUCUUCCUGAAUCAGGCACAAAUUUUUGUAGUCAAAUCUCUCAAGAAGGUAUAAGGGACCGCAAAGACAAGCAAGCUGUCUUAGAGGCAGGAGAUUCAUCCACAGCUGUGCUGGAAAAUGAGAUGUUUUGUAUUUCUAGUGUAUGCUCUCUUGUUGAAGGUGAUAAAUUUUAUAAUGCACAAAUAGCAGGCAUGUUCAAGUCAGUCUAUGAGACACAAGCAUCAGAAGGAAAUGCAAGGCAAAAGGAACAACAUCCAGACUUGCAUAAAAGUGAGCUGAGCAAUAACACUUCCCGAAGAGAAAGCUUGCUGCUGAGGAUGUUGGAAGAAUCAUCAAGUCAUUUGGAGAAAGAAAGCAGAGGCAAUCCUCCUAAAGCAGUUUCUACCUCUGAACAAAACACGACUCUCAAGGCAUCUUCCAAGCAUUCUGAAAAUUACUUAGAAAGUCUUGCUAAUAUGAAUAAGAGGUUAGCUCAAAAUUCACUAGAUUCCUCUAUCAGCACGACUGUUAAAACUAAUGCACCUGUUCCAGGAGACCACAGUAAACAAAAUUCCAUGCAUUCUGAAAAUUACUUAGAAAAUCUUGCUAAUAUGAAUAAGAGGUUAGCUCAAAAUUCACUAGAUUUCUCUAUCAGCACAACUGUUAAAACUAAUGCACCUGUUCCAGGAGACCACAGUAAACAAAAUUCCAUGCCCAAUAAAAAUAGCACAGAAAAGGAGGUGAACUUUUUUGGAAGAGAACCUAGUAAAUAUCUAGAAGAUCAGCUGCUUGCUCUAGUGAAAGAAUUUCCAUAUGGCAUUGAAGGUGCUGAUAUGCUAACAAAAGGAGCAGCACAAAAUCGUUCUGUGGCUGAAGGGACAGAGAAUCAGUCUCAAAAAGAGGUUAAAAUUAGUGACAAGAAUGCUCAUUUGAAGGACCCAGUAAAUCAGACUAAAAUUGCGGUGUUAAGCUCUGAUCAGGUUCAAGAGCUGUCUCCUGGACAAAACCAGUGUCCUUCUAGUGACAGCAAGAGAGAAGUGAGUCAGCAGUCAGAAAAGGCUUCAGCUGACAAGGACAACCUUGAAGGCUGUGUCCAGCCUAGUCAGAAACCAUGUGAGGAGGAAAAAGCCCCACAAAAAAGUCCUAAGUCCAGUGAAAAAAGUGAAGAUUGCUCUUUAACAGGUGGUUUGUCUGUAGAAUAUAAAACACCUCAUUGUCCCUCUCAGUUAGAAACAUCUGGUUCAGAGAAAAAUGAUUGUCAACUUUCAAAAGCUGAAAAUACUGACUCUGCAGAGACAGAAGAAAACAGUCAAUCUGAUACCUUGAAAAAGAAAAACUCUGCAGUGAGAGACCUAACAAUUUCUGAAAAAAUAACAGACAGUAUUAGCAAAAUUAAAGAUACUUGCAAAUACAUUUCUGCAAUGAACAAAAAUCCUAGGCUGAAGGUGGAUAAUGAAUACAAACCGCCGACAACACAGGAAAAAAUUGGACCAGUUAAUUCCUUUGAAAUACAGGAUGCUGAUAAAUACAAAAGCAGCAGUUGUAAGGAAAAUCUGCAAAUUGACAAAGGAACCCAAGUGUCAAGUAAAGAAUUUCAUUCUGACAAAAAGGAGCACCAGACAGCUUCCCAAGAGUUACCAGAGAAAACUGAUCAUACAUAUGCAGACAACAUGGCAAAGUUGUCCAUAAAGAAGGAGAGAGUUUUCAAAACUGAGUCCCUUUCACAGGAUAUAACCAGCCCAGAUUUGACCUUGAAAUCCAAAAUGGACACUCAGCAAUCUGUCAAGUCAGAAACCGUUGAAAUUCAGCACUCUGAAGUCAGUCAAGGACAAAAAUUUAAAACUUGUGAAGAGACUUCAGCUGAAGAGCAAAGCUGUACGAAACAAAAGGAGCUGCUUAGGCAAGACGUAGGAAUUAGUGUCAAAGAGCAAGCGAAAUUACCAGCAGAAAUAAAACAUAAAAAACUGAGUAGUUACCAAGCUGAUGCUGUAACAUUCUCAGAUAGUAGCACUGUAGACUUCAAAUCAAGACACACAAAAUAUUCUCCGCAUAAAUCUGUGAAAGUUCAUCCUUUGCAGGAGCAGGCAUACAAACGGAAGAUGAAGGAAAAUAUGGUUGGGAAGAGAGAACUUAAAAAAGCAAAGCUAGAAGAGGAAAAACUGAAACAAUCUGAAGCAAAGAGUUCUAAGCAGCUUGCACACAAUUGCAUGCUAAAUGCUGAUAAAGCUAAAAAACUGAAUGGAGAAAAUGGUUGGAAACCAAGGAGUUCCUUAGCAGAUUGCGCUGUGCUUAAACUGCAGAGAAAAAGGGCUCGGUCUUCUGCCAUGUCUAAAAACUACUUUUCUAGCAAAGAAAGACAUCUCGAUGGUCUAAACAAAGACAAGUGCACUGAGAAAAUGUUUCCUGAUAAAAAUCUUCUAUACCUAAACAGAAGAAAUAACAGACUAAAGCUGCAUCUUCAAAAGGAACCCAAAAAACACUACCUGAACAGAGUGGCAUUUAAACGUACAGCACAGGAGCGCAUUUAUCUGACAAAAUUAGAGACGUCACCUGUCAGACCUGUCUGGCAUAGAGCCACCAAAGUGUCACAGAGCAGCGAGUCAAAAAGAGAUGUGUCUGUCUCGACAACUGAGAAAUCAUGCAAACAGGAACUCCUUGAGUUCAAGCUGUGUCCAGAGAUACUGUUCAGAAAUCCAGCCCCUGGUGAAGAAAGCUUAGCUGCAAAGAAUUCUCCAGAAAGAGAUAAAGUCGUUGUAGAAGGUGUCAAGAGUAAAAAAGAAGAUUGGUUAAAAUGUGAACCAGUGAAGCAAAAGAAAGUGGAAGAGAUUUCUACAGGACCUGUGUCCCAGUAGUCUAGACAAGAUAAUCUGUAUGACACCCAGAGGAAAAGUGGGACCACUGUUAACAUCUUCCUCAUUUCUCUUGAAUGGCAAAUUGCUUUUUGGAUGGUCUUUUAUAUCCUCUAGGAGUCAGCUGUCACAACAUCUCAGGAUCUUGUUUGUUCCAUCCUUUUUAAAUCUUGGGUGAGGUUGCUCCCAGCUGUCCUUGUUUCUUUGCUUUAGGUACCUCUCUGGCUCUAAUCUUGUUUUUCUAGUUAGUGGUCUAACGGGGAACAAAAUGCAUUCUGUAGCCUUGUUGCUGUCUGCUUCUUAGCUUUAGAGCAGAGUGCUGCUUGCAUGCUGAUACUUGUGUUGUGGUGUUGCAGGUGACAUAGUUUGCAACCUUUGCAUCUUUUGUUGCUGUUGCCUGUGUCCUUGGGCUUUGGUGUCUGCCAUCUUUUUAGCCCUUCCUCUUGCUUCUUCUCUUCCUUUCACAAAUGCACGUUUUCUGUCACACCUUUCUUAACACUCUCCAGAAAUCUCCCCUUUGAUUUGACACCCAAAUAGCCAUUUCGUGCUUAAAGAUUCAUUGUUUUAAAUCUGAGGUGCCUGGUGCUUUAGGAAGGAAGUUUGUGUGGCAUCCUUUUUGACACUGAAAGGCCUUAGGUACCACAUGCAUAAGGAAUAGAGUCCUUUGAGACUCUUGCUUUAACAUGCUUGUCUGUCUUGCAGCUGAGGACAGUAUUCCCCUUGAUACAGCUAUACAGAUCCUGGAUGGAGAUGGAAAGACUCUUCACAUUCCUGUCAAAGACUCAAAAGAGAUGUUUCAGACCUACAGGAAAAUGUAUCUGGAAAAAAAGAUGCAAAAGUCUUGAUAGCAGUCCUGUAUCAAAGGUCUUACUGUCUCUGAGAAAAAAAUGCCAACACUAAGAUGAUUUUUUUCUGUUUACUUCAUAUUGCUGAACAAAUGUACAAACCCACGGUUUUCUGGUGGGUGUUGAGAAUUUCCUUCCCUAUUUUCCUCAUAUUUGUGAAUAAUUACCAUCUUAUCCUGUAUUUAUUGUCCCAAUAUGCUUUGGUGCUGUAAAUGCUGUUUUAAACGUAUUGUUUCUUUUGGCAUAUUUGAUCUUAUUUUUUUUUAAGAUAGAGUAGCUCAUUGAAUCUUGACCAAAAAAUAACAAACUCAUUUAAACUGUCAUAGCCUGGUUUUUUUUCCUGAUUCUCAAAAUCUUCUACUUGUUAUACUUUCCAUUGCUGGCAGUGGAAAAAUAUUUCUGCUGCAAAGGGAUUGCAGUGGAUUUCCAAGCAUUACACUUCUGUUUCCCACUACGGUAGUCUGUUUUGCUUCUAAAAAGGCUUUCUGUUUUUUGUAGAAACUUUUUUUCCUAAACUGGGACUAGAAAUAUAAACCCCUCAAUUCAGAUCAGGGGCAUUUAAGAAAUAUUUAUGCUGCUACCCAGUUUUGUUACAUUUCUUUCUGUGGCGCUUGUAUGGACUGAACUCUUGAGUUCUUUGUUUGAACACAGUGCUGAAAACUAUUAGUUUAGUGAAGACUUCUCUUGCUUUUCUUUCUCUCUUUGCAGUUGAAAUGUGGGGAGUUCGAAUUCACUCUUGUCUGAGUUCAGCUAGACUGUAAUUUCUUUGUUUAUAAAGUGUUAGAUUGUGUUUGCUUACACAUUCACUGUGAUGUAACGGUUGUAUUUGUCAUUGGCUAUCUUCUGUUAAGUGCCUUUUCACUGUUAUUCAAAAUUUAAAAUCAAAUCGUAUUUUUACAGAGAUUUGGUACUUAAUUCUUUCUAUCUUACUUAACCUUUAUGCUGAACAAAAAACCUGUAGAUACUUCACUGAACAAUUUUUAUACUUGAAAUAAACUUUUGAGGACUUCA